AUGACGGAGUGAAAGGGCGAGUCUGCGGAGAAAGCGGAUCAGUUGCAUAUAUAAUACAAUCUAUAAAAAGUAAACAAAGCAAAAAAAAAAAAAAAACACUGUGAAUAGCCUACGGUGCGAAAAUGGAGCGUGGCUGUGACUAAAGCAAAGAGCGACACGUUCAUGCAUUCUGAAGGAUGGCAACCUCCAUGCUGUGUAGGAACUGACAAAGGAGAAAAGUCUGAUUCAUGACUGUUUCUCUUUAGAAGUCUAGUUCAUGGAGUGAAACAGUGCUACAGACCUCACCAUCACACUUUCUUCAUACCCAAGGUAUAAAGGUGUGAGGGCGUUUUCCUCAUCCUUUUGUCCAUCUCAUCCAUACUAUCAGUACUGCUCUCCAAUUUAAGUCUCCAAGAUCCCAGAGGUUUAUUUGUUUUAAUUACUACAAAAUGGCGGCAAAAGAGCGCAGUCCUCGUCACCGGCCCUGGUCUGUGUAUCGUGCCAACACAUUCGAUAUCGCUUCUGAAAUGAUAGGGCUCACAUUGACAGGAAACAGUCAGGAUCCUGACGAGCCUGUGUUAGAGUUCAGUCUGGCAUGCAGUGAGUUAGUGACUCCAACAUUGGAGCGUAAACCUAGUAGCUUUGUGGCAGUGAGCUGCACCACCCCUCCUCAAGCAUUUUGGACAAAGCAUGCUCAGACUGAGAUUAUAGAGGGGACAAGCAACCCAAUAUUCCUCAGUAGCAUUGCUUUUUUUCAAGACUCUCUGAUCACACAGCAGACUCAAGUGAAACUUUCUGUUUAUGAUGUCAAAGACCGUUCACAGGGCACGAUGUACUUACUUGGUUCUGCCAUGUUCACAGUGAAAGAACUACUGCAAGACAAAUAUCAUAGGCUGCACCUCACACUAAGAUCAGCAGAGAAUGAGAAGAUGGGCAACAUCACCAUUAUUGCCUGGCAGAUGGAAGAGAAAAAAGACCAGAGAGCCCCACUAGCUCGCUUAGACACAGUUAAUGGCAGGAUGGUGCUACCUGUUGAUGAGAGUCUGACUGAAUCCAUGGGAAUUAAAUCAAAAUCUGCUUCUCUGUGCAAAGACGCACUCCUGAAAGCAGCAUUUGGAGGUACAAUAUCACGGAUGUACCGUUUGCCCACCACUGAUGGGAACCAUCUGCGUGUCCUGGAACAGAUGGCAGAGAGCGUGCUGUCACUUCACAUACCCAGACAGUUUGUAAAACUGCUACUGGAGGAAGAUGCUGCCAGGGUGUGUGAGUUGGAGGAGUUGGGGGAGUUGUCUCCAUAUUGGGAGAAUAUAAGGAGGCAGAUCAUCACUCAAUAUCAGACCAUCAUCCUCACCUACCAGGAAACACUUAGUGACCUGCACGAGUACAAGGGUCCCUCUUUUAAAUCCAGCAUUUUGAAGGCAGAGAAGAAGUUGGAGUUUGUGCCGACUAAUCUCCAUAUUCAAAGGAUGAGGGUACAGGGCGAGUCAGGCUAUGAUCGAACCUAUGAUGUGGUCACUACUGGAGCCCCUGCAGCACAUCAUCAAGGUUUUAAGGGCAGUGGUUUGAGGAAACUAAUUCAGAAGUUUGAGGAGUCCAAGAAACAUGCAUAUGAGGAUGAAGGUGCUGGAGAGUCCCACCCACAUUCAGGUGUGUACCAGCCACAGGAUGUGGUAAGAGCAAAAGAGAUCAUUUCCCACAUUAACACCCUGAAGACACAAAUCAGCUAUUACACAGAGCGCUUGUCCCGGGCUGCUAAAGAGCGCUCUGCUAACGCACUGGAGAGAACCCUUGGCAUCCUCACAGAGAAGACAAGGCAGCUGGUGACGGUGUGUGACAACAAGCUGCUGGCCACUGCCAUCCAGGCUCUGAACGCAGCACGGCCAGAGUUUAUUGCCUCUAAAGCCUCUCCUCCUGGGCUGGAUACGGAACGCGUGGUUCUGCGCAAUGACCAAAGCUCUUCACAAGCCAAGUGGAGUGGCAAAGGGAACAGAGCCUCCAUGAACAUGGACUGGCAUGAGGAGGAGUGGGAGAAGGUAUGGUUGAAUGUGGACAAAAGUAUGGAGUGUGUAAUCCACUGUGUGAACAGGCUAUUAAUGAGGGACAGGCUGCAAAGUGACAGUAGUGAGGACGUUUUCCUCUCUGACCAGCAGCCCAACACUAGCAAGAGAGGUAGCCAUGGCAAUGCCUUCUGGAUCAACCCCAGCUACCCAUCCUCAUCAUUGUCCGUGUGCACCCUGUCCUCAUCACAUCCUCUUCCUGAUUCCCCUUCAUCAUUAUCAUCCUCUUCUCUGACUUCUGCAUGUGUAACCAGUUCUCAUAGAUCCACCUAUGGAAGCCCCAGUGUUGAUAGCUGCUCUCCAGGUGAAUGGAGUGAUGCCCUGUAUCCUCUAUUGACUACACUGAAUGAAUGUGUAGCCAUGAUGAGUGACAUGGCAAAGAAGUCUAUGGUGUUUGUGCUGAUGCAGGACUGUGUGCCUACCAUUGCGCUGAGCCUGACAUUACAGUACCGCAGAGAUGUGGUUUUCUGUCAAACGCUGGCAGCUGUGAUCUGUGGUUUUGUAGCAAAGCUGAGGAAUUGUUUAUGUGAUCAUGGCUUCCUUAGACAACUCCAUACCAUCGGCUUACUGGUCCAGUUUGAGGGUCUACUUAGUACUUAUGGGGAAGAGCUGGCCAUGCUGGAGGACAUGAGCAUAGGCAUCAUGGACCUUAGAAAUGUCACCUUUAAGGUUACUCAGGCAACCUCCAACUUCAGUCCUGACAUGCUGCCUGUUAUCACGGGAAACAGAGAUGGAUUUAAUGUGAGAGUUCCACUGCCUGGGGCGAUGUUUGACGUCUUGCCACGCGAAAUCCAAAACGGGAUGCUGUUACGUGUUCAGCCAGUUCUGUUCAACAUAGGAAUUAAUGAACAACAGACACUUGCAGAGAAGUUUGGUGACACAUCACUACAAGAAAUAGUUAAUACAGAGAGUCUGGCACGUCUCAACUCCUACUAUGAUCAGUUCAAGGAAGUGCUGCCUGAGGACUGUCUGCCUCGGUCUCAUAGUCAGUACUGUAUACCAGAGCUACUGAAAUUCCUCACUCAGAAUGUGAACUCCAGGAAGAGUAAAAAUGUGGACAUCCUUUGGCAGGCAGCAGAGGUGUGCCGGCGUCUCAAUGGUGUGCGGGUAACCAGCUGUAAGAGCGCAAAGGACCGCACAGCCAUGUCUGUAACUCUGGAGCAGUGUCUGAUCCUGCAGCUGGAGCACUGCAUGGCCCCACAGGUCUUAAGCCAGGCCCUGGACUGCAUGCGCAGUGAGGGUUGCAGGAGAGAGAACACCAUGAAGAAUGUGGGCAGCAGGAAAUAUGCCUUCAAUUCACUUCAGCUGAAGGCCUUCCCCAAACAAUAUAGACCUCCAGAAGGCACUUAUGGUAAAGUGGAGACUUGAUUGGGACACUCAUCUAUGCCCCCAACUCUUACUGUUCUUCACCAAGCUGCUCUCCCCCAUCAUCCCCUUUAUGUUGUUGCCACUGAUCUGAAGGAAAUGCUGCAGUGAAUUCAGUCAAAUAGACACUUACGAUAUCUGGCCAAAUAAGGUUGUAGUUCACAAGAGUGCAUGAGUCACUGCUCUGUUCUUAUCUCUAGGUAUUAUAGCAAAGGUGACCAUGAGCUAUACUUAUUGGAAGAGUUUGAUUGGAGAAGUAGGACUCCUUUAUCAAGCAAGAAAAACACUCAGCAACAGUACUAAACUAACCAGUUAAGGAAUUCACUGAAUGCCACCAGUGCAAAUUACACAGUUCCUUUAUUUUGUGUUUGGUCUCUACAGAACCUCAGUUUUGCAUACCCAGUCAACCACGGACACAAUAUUUGACGUGAAAUUAUAUAAAAUGAUUUUACUAUUGCUCAUCACAUCUUUAUCAGAUUGAGCAUGUACUUGAAUGAAUCAUAAACAAAUCUAAAUGAGCAUUGUUCUUUUUCCAUUCAUUAAAUGUGCACAUACUGUAGCUGACCUGUAGAGUCAGCGAUGGGACAGAGUAAGUCUUACACUAUCACAAGGCUAUAAUAUAUUUCAGCCCUUUUUUUCAGCCCUUUAGCUUAUUCACAGCAACAGUGUGCAUAUUACGGGUUGUAGAUUUCCAUGGAAAGGGCCUUUCUCAUGCUGUUGCUAAGCACAGGAAAUGUUUGUACAGUUAUUGUUAAUACAGUGAAAUGUUGUGAAUAGCUAUUAACAUAAUUUAGUGAAUUGUGUAAGAUAAUUAUGACACUAUUCAUUCAACUGUUGGUUGUGAAAUGUUUGUACAUGUAUUAUGCAAAUGUCUUUGGGUUUUUCUUGAUAUCAGUCAUUCUUGGUAUUAAGAUUUGAAAAGCAGCAUCUGACUGGUCAUUAUAAUUUAUUCUCAUGAGUUAGUAAUAAAUUAAAGUAUUAUGUUAUUUUUUCAAGUAUAAUGUACCCUAAUUUUCCAUGUCAAAAAGAAGCUCUAUAGUCACUUUAAUGCACAUCUUAAAUCCUUUGUUAUGCUAUAGCACAGAAAAAGCGAUACCUGACAAAAAAAAAAAAAAUUCAAUAUGAUGAACUUGCUGUGUAAAGACAUAAUGUAACAUUGUUUUUAUUUGAUGGCAAUGUUAGCAGUAUAAGAAUACUCCUCCAGUAACUAAACUCAUUUUGUUUUGCCAUUAAUGUCCACACAAACACUCAAUCAGCUGUACAUAAUGCAGAACUAUUAAAGUAAACAUGCAGCUAUUAAAACAAGAGUUACACACA